AUGCCUCCCUUUUUCGACCCGGUCCAUUUCAAUCAGGCCGUGAGCGACCAGGCCAUGCCUCGUCUCGAGGCAAUCGCUUCAAACGACAACUUGCGACACCUGCGCCGCUUUGAGCGCGAUGACCCCCCGCCCUACGUCUCGUCGACCGAGUCGUCGGAUCACGAGGCAGAUUUCAUGGUACCACCACUGUGUCUACAGAUUCCAACGGAGCUACAGGCCGUCAUGGAGCGCCCCAUCAACGACUUCGAAGCCGAACUAAUUGCCAGCUCUGUGGAGCAGCGCUUACGUCCUCAUGAUUCUUAUUACUCGGAAUCCAAAUUUGAGCGGAGACGGUUUGAAGAAAAUAUUCCCAGGUGGCCGUUGCCCGAAGAGUUUAGAACACGGAAUUUCCAUCGGCGCAUGGGUGUUGUUGUUCGUCACAACGUCAAACGUCGCUGGGAGAAGCUCGGCGUCUGGAAUCCAGACUGGGGGUUUGCCGGCCGUCAGGUCCAGCCUCGCGACGAGUGGGAUGACUGGAAGUGGUGGUGGGAGCCCGCGACACCAGUGAACGGCCUUGGCCCCGGGAGCAGUUAUCAAUACGAGCUCGCUGCACGCGCUGUGCGUCUUCGCCAAAACCUAGCGCGUGGUGAGUAUGCCCCCGUGGUUCCCCGGUCCUGCCCUGGACAAGACACUACUGCCGCCGAAGCAGAGGCUUUCCUCAUCUCUCAGCCCUGGUUCAUCUUUCAGCUCGAGGUGGCCGAGGAAUCUCACAGAUUCCAGCGCCUCUCCAAUGAGGGCCAUGGCCGCUACUCGUACUCGGCCCGGGAACAAGUGAUCAAGUGGUGGAAAGAACGGGGGGACUGGCGAGACGAGCUCGACAGGGGCAACUGCGUCACAGCCUGGAAGUGGCGGCACGAGUCCCCCUCCCCAGAGCCCGAAGAUCUGGCACCCCUCAACCCGAUGAAGGAAGACCCGCUAGACGUGUCGGCCGAAAUGGACUUUACUCCCUCUGAGAUUGAUGAGCUAGAGACUAUAAACCUCCCAGAAUCCGAACAGCAAGGUUUCUGGGGGAUCAAAAGGUAUGACUACUCUGGGUAUUACUUUCCUGGAAUGCUGGUCGACCGUCGGGCAGAAAAUGAACAAGCCGGAAAAGAGAGACAGGCGUUCCGUGCGAGGAUGAGAGUCGAUGGGCAUGAACCACGGCUUCACCCCGCCGCUGAAUUCUUUCUCAAGAAACACGGGCGUUUCCACACGUUCGACGAGCCGCCGCCAGCCGAGGACGAAGAGGCAUCUGAGCUACGGGAAGACGCUGCUUCGCCUCCAUCCCAAAGAACGCGAGACCUACGCCCGCGCCAACCGCGAGACCAAGUACACGAAGCCCAAGAGCAGGGCGAAUCUCUUCCGCCACUGCCACGCCGUAGUGCCAGGAUCGCGGCCAAGAAACGACCCGCGGAGUCCUCACCGAUGCAAACCGUGCCGAACAAAAGAUCCAAGGUUGCAUUGGCACCAAAACCGGCAACACUAGCCGCCCAGCCCGUUCCAAGAGAGACUCGCCGCGCCAAGGCAACACCCGGUCCGGGACGGCCCGCUGCAAAGGGGAAAAGUAUCGAGGCCGGAGUGAAGCGAGGGCCGGGUCGUCCGAGAAAGAAGAACGGGUCAAACAUACGUCCCGCCGCGCAGACGAAACCCGAGAGGACAACCGCCCCCGCUAGGCCUAAGAAAAGCAAAGAUAUAGCAACAGAAACCUCAAAUGUACCCAGGAAACGAGAGCGGCCAAGGAAGAAUAAAUGA